AUGUCUCGACUGCCCAUCGUUGUCGUCGCUCUCGCGUUCUUGUCGAGACCCGUCGCGUCGAAAUUCACGCCGGACUUCUCGCAAUGGCUCGCCGAUUAUUAUGGUCCGAUGGUUCGCGAUCAAUUAGAGCGGAUGGAUUUAGGACCAGGUGGAUCAUUUGGCGGCAAAGUGAAUAGGAACGACACGCUGAAGAAUCAGCCGUUGAUAAUUGUCCAUGGUGUCUCAGAUACGGCAGGCGAGAAGCCGACGUACGCGGCGACAUGGUUCAAGCAGAAUGGCUACAAGGACAACGAGAUCUACUCGACGACAUACUUCAAUGGAGCACAGGGAAAUCCACUGAAAUGGGUGGAGUACUCAAUGCGAUGCGAAUAUGUCAAACAAGUGCGAGCUCUUAUGGUCGCCGUUCGAUUGUACACCGGCAGAAAUAUUGAUGUUAUCGGAUUUUCGCUAGGGGUUCCAGUAUCGAGAAAAGCAAUUUUGGGAGGUCGUUGUGUCGACACUGGUGAGUAUCUCGGAGGGCCUUUGACUCGUGUAGUCGAUACCUAUGUCGGCGUUGCGGGACCAAAUCGCGGUGCGGCUCCUCAAGUGGGAGGUGUUUCAAUUCCAGCCUGUGCUCUUUCGAUUUCGCCAAUUUGUAAUUCAGUAAAUGGGUUGUAUUCCGGAAACUGUCCGGCUCAAAGUGAAUUUCUACAGGAUAUCAAUCGGUAUGCUCAUUACGAAGGCCAGUACACUUAUUCAAUCUACACCCAACGAGACCAAAUGGUUGGUUAUACCGUAUGCGGUCAGUUAACUUCUCCUCUACCUGGACAAACCGGCCAGAAAGUUUACACGGAUCUGAAUCACGACCAAGCGUUCGAUAACACUCACGACGUCCAGCUGAAGAUGAUCCGCGACCACGUCAUCGUUUAA